ACGUCACAAGUGAUAAGCAGUUUCAAAUAGUGGAGCUUGGGAGCAAGAGUUCGCCCCCGGAGACAAUUGGUGUGUGUUCUCUUUUAUUUUGCAACAUUUACCUGUACUAUGGCCACCACAUGCUCCAUAUAUACCCUGUUCGUAGUAGAUUGUGCGCAGUAGAAGUGUUUGGUAUUUAUGCAUCCGUGAUGUUUCUGAUGAAAAAGCCUUGAGAUUUGUCUACUUAACUCCUCCUCUUUAGUGUCGUGCAGAGAAGAUGGGUCGUAUUAGCAGUCUACCAGACGAGCUUCUCUGUCAUAUAUUGUCCUUCCUUACCACAAAGGAGGCUGCUUUGACGUCGGUGCUCUCCAAGAGGUGGCGCCAUCUGCUUGCAUUUGUUCCUUGUCUUGACAUUGAAGACUCUGCCUUUGCGCUGCGUAGGCCCGAAAUUAUACAGAGCUUCAUGGACUUUGUGGAUAGGGUAUUGGCUUUGCAGGGCAAGUCUCCCAUUAAGAAAUGCUCCCUCAGCUGUUAUUCUGCCGUGGAUUUAGAUCGUGUGGAUCGUUGGAUACACAAUGUGUUAAAGCGUGGUGUUUCCGACCUUAAUCUAUUAAUUUUGGAUCCGGAGAAAGAUGAUUAUUAUCGCCUAUCUCCAAAAGCUUUCCAGAGCAGCACACUUGUCAACCUGAAACUAUGCACCGGAAUUGAUAUUGAUUGGUUGGCUGGGAGCAUUUUCUUACCUAUGCUUAAAACACUCGUUCUUGACACAGCUUGUGUUACUAAUAUUGAGAUUCUUCUUCAUGAUUUGCCUGCACUUGAGGAAUUACUCCUGGCUUGUGUGAUCUGGGAUGAUGGGGAUGUGACCGUAUCAAGUGCAAGCCUCAAGUCCCUAGCAAUAGGUGACAGCGAAGUCCUUGGCUCUCUUUCCUUGGAUACACCGAGUCUCACUUACUUUGAGUACACCACCCGUGAUGUUGAGCUGGACUAUCCACUUGUUAACAUGAAAAACUUAUCUACUGCUCGAAUUGCCUUCUCAUUAUGUCAAGAGCAAGUACAGCUAGCUAGAGAACCAGAUGAUGAUCAUUGGUUUGACCAAGGCAUUGUUCGCGGAUUUAAUAAUGUGUGGAAACUCUUUCAUGGCAUACAAAAUGUUCAGCAUCUGCUUUUGUGUCCGGAUACUCUAGAGCUGCUUUCUAUUUGCUGUGACGCGAUGCCAGUGUUCAAAAACCUCAAAUCAUUAGAUAUUAAGAGUGACAAGAAACGAGGUUGGCAGGCAAUCCCAGUUCUUCUAAGGAACUGUCCACAUUUAGAAACUCUAAUCUUCAGGGGUCUCUUGCACGAUGCCACAGAUAAAUGCGGGGAUGCUUGUGACUGCAUUUCUCGGGAGGACAAAGGUCGUUCGCUCACAUCCUGCCCAGUAAAGAUGUUAAAGAUUCAAGGGUUUCAAGGAACAAUGAAAGAGAUGACAAUGAUAAAGCAUUUCUUGGACUACUUUCCAUGUUUGAAGAAGAUGAAGAUUUAUAAGAAUGAUCCAACAGAGAUCAGAAUCCUGCAGAUGAUAGAAGACUACAACAAGUCAUCGAGUUGCAAUGUCGAACUCCUUGUAUAAGAAGUGGACUGCAAAAAGUAGUCCCCGAAGAACGAAAGGUGCUCAUAGUUUUGCAAAAGUUCCCAUGGAAUUGCAUUCCGAUUCUUUUGUUUAAUUUGCCUAGAAACUCUUUCAAACCAAUUGCAAAACCAUUGAACUUCUUUUCCCCCCGAAUGUUUAGUCAUUUACUAUUGAUAUGGCUUGCCCUCAUUUGAUUCUUCGCC